ACACUAUUACAUUGAUUCUUCACUUAUUUCCAAAGUUUCUUUUCCCCUAGAUUUUGUGCCAUCUUCUUCAUCCUCAUUGUUUCUGUGAAUCCCUUAAAGGGUUUCGCACAGGUUGCUAAUAAGAAUACAUUAGGGUAACGUAAUAGUAGAGGAUCUGAUUGAUACUUUCUCGAGGUCAACUGGUUCCGAGUUCUUUUCCAGAUUCACUGCCCCCAAAAUCUUUUGCCAAAUGGAACAAUCGCACAUGACCCAAAUGGAACAAUCUGGUUGCACACAACUUUUCCUCUGUGCUUUGAUUUCAAAAUUGAGAAAAUGAAGGAGAUGGCAAUAAGCUGUUGAAACAAAACGAUGUUCUUCUUGCGCUCACAUCACCCAAAUUUGAGUCAGUUUUGUUUUGACUAAAAUAAUUUUAGAUUUGCCAUUCUACUUUUAAAAAACCCGAAUGAUAAAACGGGUUUGGGUCUGGGUACCGUUCCUCGUCAAUGGUAUGUGUCUAAAUCGGCUGCGCCAUGCGACAAUUACUUUUCUAACUAGGAAUAUUUGACUACUACACCCAAUCAAAACUCAACACGCACGAUGCAUCUCGACUAAACGCCUUAUCCUAUUGGCCACCCUCAUAAUCUUUCAGUAGUCUUAAGUGCACUCGAAUACUCACGGUCAAAUAUUUUGUUACCGAUUUUUUUUUUCUUUUUUUCUCCUUUUAGGCUUCUCUGAUCGCUCAAUCAAUCGAAAACCAUAAAAUCAAUCUCAGCGGAAAAUACUCCGACCCGGCGAAAAGAGAAAGAACCAAAUUCCAUGGCCAGAAGAUCCAUUCCUGUUCUGAAGAAACUCCUCUCCUUAUCGCAGAAUCCAUCGCCAUGCUCCAGAUUCACUUCUCGCCGAUCCGUCACCUAUAUGCCCCGCCCUGGUGAUGGCGCCCCUCGCGCUGUAACCUUAAUUCCUGGUGAUGGAAUUGGGCCUCUGGUGACAGGUGCCGUGGAGCAAGUGAUGGAGGCGAUGCACGCGCCGGUUUACUUUGAGCGGUAUGAGGCGCACGGGGACAUGAAGAAGGUUCCGGCGGAGGUGAUCGAAUCAAUUAAGAAGAAUAAGGUGUGCUUGAAGGGAGGGCUGGCCACUCCUAUGGGCGGAGGUGUUAGUUCAUUAAAUGUGCAGCUGAGGAAGGAGCUUGAUUUGUACGCUUCCCUUGUAAACUGCUUCAAUUUGCCUGGAUUGCCUACGCGCCACGAGAAUGUCGAUAUUGUUGUGAUUAGAGAGAAUACUGAGGGAGAAUACUCUGGCCUUGAGCAUGAGGUUGUUCCUGGAGUCGUUGAAAGCCUUAAGGUGAUAACAAAGUUCUGCUCCGAGCGUAUUGCAAAAUAUGCUUUUGAGUAUGCAUACCUGAACAACAGGAAGAAGGUGACAGCUGUACACAAAGCUAACAUCAUGAAGCUUGCGGAUGGUUUGUUCUUGGAAUCUUGUCGAGAGGUCGCUACAAAAUAUCCUGGGAUCAAAUACAAUGAAAUUAUUGUGGACAAUUGCUGCAUGCAACUUGUUUCAAAGCCGGAGCAGUUUGAUGUCAUGGUGACACCUAAUCUUUAUGGCAAUCUUGUUGCAAAUACUGCUGCAGGUAUUGCUGGUGGAACAGGAGUCAUGCCAGGAGGCAAUGUUGGUGCCGAUCAUGCUAUUUUUGAGCAAGGUGCCUCAGCAGGAAAUGUGGGCAAUGAGAAAAUAGUGGAACAGAAGAAAGCAAAUCCAGUGGCACUGCUUCUCUCAUCUGCUAUGAUGCUCAGACACCUGCAGUUCCCUUCUUUUGCUGAUCGACUAGAAACUGCUGUUAAACGGGUAAUUUCAGAGGGCAAGUAUCGGACAAAAGACCUAGGAGGACAGAGCAGCACCCAAGAGGUUGUUGAUGCAGUCAUAGCUGCUCUAGACUGAUUGGGUAGAUACUCGUUUAGCUGCUGAUCUUACUAAAUAUUUGCCGGUGGACGUGGAAGCUUUAUCUUCCCAUAUUCUUUAUUUGAUACUUUGAUUCCAACAUUUCUCUGCUGCCGUCCCUCACCAGUGUGAAUUAUCCUUUCCUUUUUUAUUUAAAUAAUCUCAAUUGAAGAUGAUAAAAUGCCAUUGUUAGUCAAGUUAAAUACCUGUAUAGAGAAGAGGUCAUAUUCUGUGUUUGCUGCGAUUCUCAAGUCCGCUAUAUUUGAAUUUUAGUGAAAUCAUAUUUGAGGGAAGUAGGUCUUGAAUAUCACUAAACUUCUUACGUCUUUGCAGACCUUGCAUGAUUAAGAGUUUUGACACCCAUGGAUGUUUAUGAAAUUAUAUUUUUCGUCUA